GCUUUCCCAAGGUUUUCAGCUCUGAGCCCGCCCCUGGUUCUCAGGGAUGAAGCUGGUGCCGAGGGAAGUGGAGAAGUUGGCGCUGCACAAUGCCGGGUUCCUCGCGCAGAAGCGCCUCGCCCGCGGGCUCCGCCUCAACUACACAGAGGCUGUCGCACUCAUCGCCGCCCAGAUUCUCGAGUUUGUCCGCGAUGGAGACAAAACUGUAACGGACUUGAUGGACUUGGGAAAACAGAUGCUGGGCAGGAGACAAGUUCUUGCAGCUGUUCCACACCUUUUGUACACUGUACAGGUUGAAGGAACAUUUAUGGAUGGAACAAAACUAAUUACUGUACAUGACCCUAUUUCUUCUGAUGAUGGAAACUUGGAACUAGCUCUGCAUGGCUCAUAUCUCCCAGUACCUUCACUUGAAAAGUUUUCUGGGAGUGAUGAUAAAGACUCUCCUGGUGAAGUACAUUUCUGCUCUGGACGCAUAAUCCUCAACCUUCAUCGUAGGGCUUUAACUCUGAAGGUUGUUAACAAAGCAGACAGGCCUAUUCAGAUCGGGAGCCAUUACCACUUCAUAGAGGCCAAUCCAUAUCUGGUUUUUGAUAGACAAAGAGCCUAUGGCAUGAGACUGAAUAUACCUGCUGGAACAGCUGUUCGGUUUGAGCCCGGGGAUGCUAAAAGGGUUACCCUUGUAAGCAUCGGUGGUCACAAAGUAAUCAGAGGUGGAAAUGGCAUUGCUGAUGGUGCUGUUGACAGUUCUCAGCUUAAUGAGGUAAUACGAAGAGUUACCGAGAAUGGUUUUGGACAUGAAGAUUAUCCGGAUGCAAGCGAAGGUCUUAUUGGUGAUGGUACAUUGGACUGCAGUAUUGAUCACGAGAAAUAUUCUAGCAUGUAUGGACCUACAACUGGUGAUAAGAUUAGGCUUGGUGAUACCGAUCUUUUUGCCGAGAUUGAAAAGGACUUUGCUGUUUAUGGUGAUGAGUGCAUAUUUGGAGGUGGAAAAGUUCUACGCGAUGGGAUGGGACAAUCCGCAGGGUAUCCAGCGUCUGCCUGCCUAGAUACAGUUGUAACAAAUGCUGUCGUGAUUGACUAUACAGGAAUUUACAAGGCUGAUAUUGGUAUAAGGGAUGGACUUAUUAUUGCCAUUGGGAAAGCUGGAAACCCUGAUGUCAUGGAUGGUGUGCAUAGCAACAUGAUAGUGGGGGUGAAUACAGAAGUCAUUGCUGCUGAAGGCAUGAUUGUAACUGCUGGCGGUAUAGAUUGCCAUGUUCACUUUAUAUGCCCUCAGCUGGUAAACGAGGCGAUUGCAAGUGGCAUAACAACAUUGGUGGGAGGUGGAACAGGACCAGCACAUGGAACUUGUGCCACAACUUGUACCCCUGCACCAUCUCAAAUGAAACUAAUGUUGCAGUCCACCGAUGAAUUUCCAAUCAACGUGGGAUUCACGGGAAAGGGAAAUACUGCAAAACCUGAUGGAUUAUCUGAGAUCAUCAAGGCAGGAGCAAUGGGUUUGAAGCUGCAUGAAGAUUGGGGAAGCACCCCAGCUGCAAUAGACAACUGCUUAUCUGUUGGAGAGGCUUUUGAUAUCCAAGUCAAUAUCCACACAGAUACCUUAAAUGAAGCAGGUUGUGUGGAGCAUACAAUUGCAGCUUUUAAAGAUAGGACCAUACAUACAUAUCACAGCGAAGGUGCUGGUGGUGGUCAUGCCCCAGACAUCAUUAAAGUAUGUGGGGUAAAGAAUGUGUUACCUUCUUCGACAAACCCAACACGGCCGUUUACUUCAAACACUGUUGAUGAGCACCUUGAUAUGCUGAUGGUUUGCCACCACCUUGAUAAAAACAUCCCGGAAGAUGUAGCAUUUGCCGAGUCAAGAAUUCGAGCAGAAACAAUUGCGGCUGAGGACAUCUUGCAUGACAUGGGAGCUAUCAGUAUCAUAUCGUCUGAUUCACAGGCUAUGGGUCGCAUUGGAGAGGUGAUAAUCCGAACAUGGCAAACUGCAAACAAAAUGAAAGUCCAAAGAGGUAGCUUACCUGGGUCUGGUGGCUCUGAUCCUCCCAAGGAUAAUGACAACUUCCGCAUAAGAAGAUACAUAGCAAAGUACACCAUAAAUCCUGCUAUAGUAAACGGUUUUUCGGAUUUUGUUGGUUCUGUGGAGGUGGGGAAGUUAGCUGAUCUAGUUCUUUGGAAACCUGCGUUCUUUGGUGCAAAACCAGAACUGAUUAUAAAAGGUGGUGCAGUUGCGUGGGCUAACAUGGGUGAUCCGAAUGCUAGCAUUCCAACACCUGAACCUGUUAUGAUGCGGCCUAUGUUUGGCGCAUAUGGAAAGGCUGGAAGUUCUAACUCGAUUGCAUUUGUGAGCAAGGCUGCUAAAGAAGCUGGUGUUGCAUCAGAGUACAAACUAGCAAAGAGGGUGGAAGCUGUUGGUGGUGUUCGCGGUUUAACAAAAUUGGACAUGCAACUCAAUGACGCACUUCCAGAAAUAAAUGUAGACCCUGAAACCUACACCGUUACUGCUGAUGGAGAGGUUCUGAGCUGCCAGCCAGCAGCCACAGUACCAUUAUCUCGGAAUUACUUUCUUUUCUAGAGCAACAUUGCUCGAGCAACUCUUGAAGCUCAAAACUCAUUACUCUGCAUUCUUGCUAUCCAAGGCGAUGGCGCAAGGCGCACUCACGUAGGUGCAUCUCCCUUGUAAUAGCACAACACGUAUACUUGUUCAUUUUGUAGUACUAAACCUUUUGGUCUAGAGAACUUUCAUCAAAGUACAUAUGAAUUAGGGAAGUUGGUUGUUAUUUGGGACAUCAAUAAUGGGCGCUCUAGGAGACCGGCCUCUCACGCCACAGGAUCACAUGUAUGAUUAUCCUUAAAUUUUUUGUGAGUUAUAUAUAUUCAUUUUCUUGUGCCA